GGGAAUGUGACGUACGGUGCUCUGUAAGGCCGCCACGUCUGUCAGGAGCGGUGUUUCCGGUUUUCAGCUUCCGGCAUCUCUGUGCCCGGCUCCGGUCUCCUGCAGUCAUGUCGGUGUCAGUUUUGUCCGUGGUGUCCCGCUUCUUGGAGGAGUAUGUCAGCUCCACACCGCAGAGGCUUAAGCUGCUGGACGCCUAUCUACUGUACAUCCUGCUGACCGGAGCCAUGCAGUUCCUGUACUGCCUGCUGGUGGGCACCUUCCCCUUCAACUCCUUCCUGUCCGGCUUCACCUCCUGCGUGGGCUCUUUCAUCCUGGCCGUGUGUUUAAGGAUCCAGAUUAACCCCCAAAAUAAAGGCGAUUUCCUGGGAAUCUCUCCAGAAAGAGCCUUUGCUGAUUUUCUGUUCGCCAACAUCAUUCUUCACCUGGUUGUCGUAAACUUUGUUGGAUGAACUGUAUGCCCACCCUUUUCUAGU